UUGUCGUAUAAUCUGUAGGCAAAGGGGGAUCAAGGGAUUUUUUUGAGUGAUUUUUUGAGACUAUAGUUUUGUUUUUUAUUGCAAUUAAUUAAAUGAAACUGAAUUGUAAUUUUAUAUGUAUCAGGCAGUCCUAUAUUAGUUUAAUUAGUUCGCGAUUUAGCAAUAUCGAUACCGAACACUAAAUAGCAAAAUUUCAUAGGUAUUGAUUUGAUGAAGACUGCAAUAAAGGAUGUUUUCAUAAUAUUAGUGAUAAGUGUUCAAGUUUAGUGCUAUUGUAUAUUUUAUAGUAAGGGCAAUGGAGACGGAAGAUGGCGUGGGGCGCAACCUGCUAGACGACAUGCCGCCCAUCAACUGUGAGCUGUUCGAGGACCCGUACAGCGGCAGCAACGACAUUGGCGAUAUGACUUUCUGUCUAGGGAACUAUGUACCUGACUUUAUGAAGAUGCUUUUCACUAUGCGAUCUCACCAUAUGUUGACCGACGUCGUUUUAGAAGUUGGCAACGAGUUAUUUCAUGUUCACAAAGUAGUCCUGGCUGCUGGCAGCCCUUAUUUCAAGGCAAUGUUCACAAGCGGGCUGAAGGAGUGUGAGAUGUCGCGCGUGCGAUUACAAGGCGUGUGCCCGUCGGCGAUGGCCUGGCUGGUCUACUUCAUGUAUACGGGGAAGGUGCGCAUCACCGAGGUCACCGUGUGCCAGCUGCUGCCUGCAGCUACAAUGUUCCAGAUAUCCAACGUAAUAGACGCGUGCUGCGCGUUCCUCGAGCGGCAGCUGGACCCGUCCAACGCCAUCGGGAUCGCCAACUUCGCGGAGCAGCACGGCUGCGUCGAGCUCAAGCAGAAAGCCAACCAGUUCAUUGAAAGACAUUUCACGCAAGUGUGCCAAGAAGAAGAGUUUUUACAAUUAACGCCCCAAGAACUAAUAUGUUUGAUACGGAAAGAUGAACUUAAUGUGAGAGAGGAGCGAGAAGUUUACAAUUCGGUAUUAAGUUGGGUAAAGUUUGAUGAGGAUCGGAGGUACCCGCGAAUGGAGCACAUACUGCAAGCUGUGCGAUGCCAGUACCUCACUCCAAACUUCUUGAAGGAGCAGAUGAGUACGUGUUCCGUGCUGAAGAAAGUUCCCGCCUGUAGAGAGUACCUCGCUAAAAUAUUUAAGGAUCUGACGCUACACAAGAAGCCUGUGGUGAAGGAGCGGCGGCCCAACACGCCGCGCAUCAUCUACGUGGCGGGAGGCUACUUCCGCCACUCCAUCGACGUGUUCGAGGCCUUCAACCUGGACGACAACUGCUGGACCACGCUGCCCCGGCUCACCGUGCCGCGCUCUGGACUGGGGGCAGCUUUCCUUAAAGGGUUUUUCUACGCGGUGGGCGGACGCAACACAUCCCCGGGCGCGUCAUACGACAGCGAUUGGGUCGACGUGUACAGCCCCAGCGCCGAGCAGUGGCGCCCCUGCAGCCCCAUGGCCACGCCCAGGCACAGGGUCGGAGUGGCGGUAAUGGACGGUCUGCUCUAUGCGGUAGGCGGGUCUGCGGGAUCGGAGUAUCACAAAACUGUAGAAUGCUACGACCCCGAGAAGGACGCAUGGACAUACGUGGCGUCGAUGGGGCGCGCGCGGCUGGGCGUGGGCGUGGCCGUGGUCAACCGUCUGCUUUACGCCGCGGGUGGCUUCGACGGCGCGCGCCGCUCCGCCUCCGUCGAGUGCUACCACCCCGAGAACAAUUGCUGGACCGAGGUCGCGCCCAUGCACUAUGCGAGGAGCGGCGCUGGCGUGGCAGCGCUGAACCAGUACAUCUACGUGGUGGGCGGCUACGACGGCGCGGCGCAGCUCGCGUCCGUGGAGCGCUACGACACGGAGCGCGACACGUGGGAGGAGGUGGCGCCCGUGCGCGCCGCGCGCUCCGCGCUCUCGCUGGCCGUGCUCGACAACAAGCUCUACGCCAUGGGUGGUUACGACGGCACUGCUUUCCUAGACAUUGUGGAAAUCUACGACCCGUCCACAAACACUUGGAAGAGCGGCACGCCGCUCACGUCGGUGCGGUCGGGGCACGCGUCCGCUGUAUGCUACCAGCACGCACCGCCGCCCGAGCCCGACGCGCCUGCGCUCGUGGCCAAGCUGCCGCGCCGUGCGCCCGCCGCGCCCUCCGCCGCGCCGCCGCCCGCGCCCGCCGCCGCCGACGACGUGCCCAUGGCCAAUAACAUACUGAGCAGCCUCUCCACCUCACAUAGACGAUUAUAGCGAGUACCCCUACCCCUAGUGAGAGUUUUUGAAAACGAAAACUAAAUUCGAGAUUUCAAUUUUCCCCUAAAAUCUUGCAUAAUAAAAAUAGGUUGGAGUCACGAAAAAAGCUCUGCGCAUUUAAAAAUACAGGAGUUUUUAGAUCCAUUGUAACCUCGACUGUAUAUUUUCGAAAUACCCAAAUAAAUCAGUUUUCGUGAUUUGUGAACUCUAAAUUAGGGGUGUACUACAUACAGCAAGACCGCUGGAAAAAUGACAUGAGUUUAUCGACAAGACCAUUCUUUCAUAUGACAGUCAACCAUGGUACUUUUUAUUACUAAGUAGUUGUUCUCUUGCUCUGACUUGUGACAAUUCAGUGAUUGUGUUAUGUGUAACUUCGUCAAACACGUCACGUAAGUUGAAAAAAGUGGCACAAACUGCAGUUUUAAGCUACACUAUGCACUUUUGUAUCUGCUACUGGAUAUUUUCCACAUUUCUGUAUAUUACUGUAUUUUUAUCAAACUUAACCGCCCGUUUUGAUCAAUGUCAAUUAAUAAUGCUCCUUUAGGCACUUGUCCGACCGCCGACGAUUAGCGAGAAAUGAGUUGAGCUAAAAACAAGUUAGUGAGUGAUGAAAAGCGAGUGCGUAGUAAGGAUAGUUUUUUAGCUGAGCUAUAAUCGAGUGUUAGUCUAGCACAGGCGAGUAAUCGCCCGUCAUACAUUAAUUUAAUCUCUGCGCAAACUGCGUGCGUGUAUAAUUCACCGCCAAGAGAGCGUCGCUGAGCGAGUUUUUCUUUGUUAGCUCUAGUCCCUGCGAGAAACUAGUAGUUUUCACGGGCGCAGUGUGUGCCGUCAGCUAUCAACUAGUAAUAUCGAGCGAGAAAAAAGUCCUAGGUAAUCGCUACCUGCGGCGGCAGUGGGACAAUUGCUUUACUGUCAAGUUAAUUUUUAGUACAGCUCACAUAUAAUCAUAAUUUUAUGUUAACUUGUGAAUAAAUAAAAUAUUAUUUAUUAUGAAUCGUGAUAAGUGCAAUAUAGCUCACAUAAUCAGUGAUAUAAUUUUAUAUAUAUAUUAAUAUAAAAUAUUUAAUAAACCAGUGACAUCAUUUUAUACUACCUUGUGAAUAAAUAAAAUAUUAUUUAUUUAUUGUGAAUUAUAAGAUAAGUGCAAUACAGCUCACAAAUAAAUCAGUGCAUAAUUUCAUAAUAUUAUUUAUUAUGAAUCAUGAUAAGAUUAGGAGAAAAUAUUUGAUAUGAUUAUGUUUCUUUACACUUUUAUAAAUGUAAACUUUGAAUCACAUUUUUAUGCUAAUUCUGCUAUUUAUUUUGUACGAUUAGGAGAUUUGUACCUACAAUUGUUUGUUAAAUUAUUGUCUUAUAUUUAGAGAUAAUUAAUAUUAUUAGUUUAGUAAUAACGUUAAUUAUCUCAAAUUAAAUCUAUUCUUAAGUUAAUUUAAAUAAAAAAUAUUAUUUUUUUAUAAAUUGUACACUAGUUCAGUCUUCUACAGAACAUUUUUUUAGAGAAAGUUAAUGGGAGUGAAAUAAUAAUUAAUUUAAAGGUGUGUUGGUUUGUUACACUUUCAAGGAUCAAGCUCCGAACGGAUCUUCACAAAAUUCGACACAGAGACACUUGGAGAUGGAUGUAGGAUAUUUUGAUCCAAAAUUAAGAAUUUUUAAAGUACUUAAAACGCGAAGACUUCGCGGAUAUAUAUGUAAUAUAUAUUACAUUUUCGCGUCCCGCGGGAACCAUCUUUUCCAGCGGAUUUUCCAAAAAAACUUUUAUAUUAACCUUGUCCGAACAAUAAAUUAGAAACACAACAAAAAGAAUUAUUCAAUUUGGUCCAGUCGUUCUCAAGUAAUGGCGUGUCCGCGUGUCACAGCUGUCUCUAGCUCGUAGACAAAUGAGUUACAAAUCUGAAAUUUUGGUAUUUGGUGUAGAACGUUGGACCAAAACUAAAUAUUGAAUUAGAAAUUCUAUUCAAUUCUUUUUCAGGGGGGCUCCCAUACAUGAAAAAAGAGCCGGAAAAAAGUUUUUCGUACAUAAAAGGAAAAACAGAACCCUUACUUUUCUUGCCCUUGCAUGUGGGGUAGGUAUCAUUGAUAGAGCUUAUUGAGUAGAGUACGGAUAAUUUUUAAUUUUAUUUUCAUCUUAAAAAAUAGAGACUGGGAGGCCUUCAAAGUCGUCAGUUUUAGACUGUUUUUAUGAUGGAGGCCAUCUCAAAAACUAAUUAAAAUUUAAACUAAAUAAAGGAAUAUGAAAUUUAGGUAUAUUCUGUACCAUAAUUAAUACUCUAUUUAAAAAACUAUAUACUGAAAAUAAAAAUUUAUAAAAUGGUUUGUCAGCUGUGACUAAAACAAACGAACAUUUUUUAGGUUUUUCUUUCACGGUUUAUUGCGAUGCUCUAGCUCAGAAAAGAAAUAUAAUAUCAUACACCCAAAAUAAUAAGAUGUUCAUAAUUAUGUAAGGAACCCUAAAAGAGUGAGGCCCGGUUCACACUGGGCCGAUUUUUAUAUUCAAUAUUGAGAGUUGAACCUGAUUGAUUGAACAAGAAGCUAUAACGCACACUAAGAAAGGAUUUUAAGAUAAUCCCAACAUAUUUUUAAAAACCUAUAUCCACGCAGAAAAAGUCGCGGAACUUACGAAGUUUUUUUUUAAUAAAUGUCUAAUCUCGAAUCCAUUAUUAUAGUACUUAUCUUGAAAUAAUUAAUCUAAACCUUGUAAAUAAUUUGAAUGUAUAAUGUUUAAUAUUAUAACAAAAAUACCUAUUUCAGAAGCUGUUAUUGUGAUUACCGAUUAUGUAUCGUUACAAAGUUAUGUAAAUAUAGUAAAUAAGGCAUAUUUUGUAAGGAAAAUAAAGACUGUUAUGGGAGUA